AUGCUUAAGAUCCUCCGACGGCAGCCAUGGACUUGUCGACGGUGCAUAUUACAACAUCAUCGCGCCCAGAUCAACCGUCGCAUCCACAACCAUGCCGCCGCCGGCAUAGAAACCCCCAACAAUAAUGUGCUGGAUUUUGCUGUUGCUGGGAACGAGGCGGCAAAACGUCAUGAUGAUAGUACCCUACGGAUGAUAUUUGAUUCUCAGCCGUUCUGGCGAGAAUUUUCUCAGCGGAAGAGCCGGUCUCCAACCGGGUUGCUGCAGAACAAAUACCUCACAUCCCCAGAAGGCUUCCUGAAGUUUGCCUCCGUUUCGCUGCAGAAAUGCCAGGAGAUCAUGGCUAAGGUACUUCAGGCCUCAACCGUUGAUGAACACAGGAGGAUUGUGAAGGAUCUUGACCGUCUCAGCGACCUGCUCUGCCGGGUGAUAGAUAUGGCGGAUUUCAUGAGGUCGAAUCAUCCCAACCCCGCCAUACAAGAUGCUGCUACACGAGCAUAUUCCAUCGUAUUCGAAUACAUGAACGUCCUGAAUACCGAGACUCGUCUUAAUGACAAGCUUCAGUGGGCUCUGUCGGAACCUGAAAUUUCCGCUCAUUGGAGCCAAGAGGAAAAGGCUACGGCAGAGCUGCUGGUGAAGGAUUUUAUAAAGUCCGGCAUCCAUUUGCCUCCUGAGAAGAAAAAGCGCUUUGUAGACCUCUGUAAUGAUAUCAGCGCCGCGGGGUUUAACUUUGUGAAUGGUAUGGAACCCAAAACCAACCACCUGUCUUUCGACAAACACAAGCUGCAGGGAAUGGAUCCUGCACUGGUGGAAAGGAUGCGACGGUGGACGAGCGUUCGCCUUCCAAUCGAUGACACCAUGCCAAUUAUAGCCUUGAAAUCCGUCCACGAUGAGGAUACACGCAAGCAAAUCUAUCUUACAUCUCGCAAGACAUCAGAUGCCCAGAUUGACCGUCUGACACGUUUACUCGAAUUGAGGGCCGAGUUAGCUCAGUUGACCGGCUACGAAAGCUACGCUCAUAUGGCAGUGAGUGACAAGAUGGCGAAAAGCCCGGAGUCAGUGAGAAAAUUUUUGUUGGCGUUGAAUUCGAAUAACCGCAAUCUUGUCCAGAAAGAGAUCGCGAACUUGGACGCUUUAAAAAUGGAAGAUUAUGCCAAGCUGGGUCAGGGUAAACCACCAUUUGCCCCUUGGGAUCUCUCUUAUUACGUUGAGAAAUACGCUGCGCAGCAUGACGUUUUCAGAAAAUCUGGCGCGAUCAGCCUCUACCGCUCAUUCUUUUCGCUGGGAACAGUCAUGCAGGGUCUCUCGCGACUUUUCACCAGACUCUAUGGAGUCCGUCUCGUUCCAAAGGAAACAUGUCCUGGAGAGACAUGGAACCCAGAUGUUCGACGCUUGGAUGUUUUAGACGAAUUUGAUAACCACAUUGCAGUCAUUUAUUGUGAUCUUUUUUCACGGCCAGGGAAGAACCCUCAUCCAACCCACUUUACUCUAAGAUGCUCCCGUGUCAUAUCCCCUGAAGAGAUUUCGGAGGCAGCUCUCUCAUCUGAUGUCCAUCCGAAUGACGGAAUGGCAACGGCAAUACGACCAGGAACGAAUUCUCUCUAUCAACUUGCAACAGUCGCCCUAAUCUGCGACUUCACAAAUCCUUCCCCAAACAGCACCCAGCCUCCGCUUCUCUCUAAACACAGUGUCCAAAACCUUUUCCACGAAAUGGGCCACGCUAUCCAUUCCGUCAUGGCUCGUACGGAUUUCCAGGGAAUUUCCGGCACUCGCUGUGCGACAGAUUUUGUCGAACUACCCUCCAUCAUUAUGGAAAGCUUUGCCAUGGCUCCAGAGGUUUUAUCUCUCUAUGCUCGUCAUUGGGAGACCAACCAACCCCUCCCAGAAAACAUGAUCCAAACGAUGCGUGUCAAUCACGAGAAUUACGAAAAUAUUCAAGGCGCCAUGGACAAUGAGGCGCAGAUCAUGAUGGCGCUCCUUGACCAGGCAUAUCACGACUCCAGCCCCCUUCACCGGGGUUUCGACACAACCCAAAUCUUCCACUCCCUCUACUCGCAACACGCAACCAUCUACGAUCCGAUAGAAUCCCAGACUUCAUGGCAGGGUUAUUUUGCUCAUCUAUUCAACUACGGCGCCACCUACUACAGCUACCUCUUCGACCGCGCCAUAGCAAGUAAGCUAUGGGCUGAGACUUUCCAGGAAGGAAAGCUAGCCACGGACCGAGAGGCUGGGGAGAGAUUCAAGAAUGAGCUUUUGCGAUGGGGUGCGGGUAGAGACGGGUGGAAAUGCAUUGCUGGCGUUCUGGGCGACCAGAACCCGGCUAAUGCCAAUGGGAGGCUGGCAGAGGGGGGGGAGGAUGCAAUGUCUGAAGUUGGUCGAUGGGGUCUUGGGCAGGAUCGCUCAGAAAGACAUUAG